AUUUGGUCCAUGAUUUUAAAAUGUGUACGUGAGAGUAAAAAGGAUUAGUUUUUGAAGAUAGAGAACGGACGAACGAGAAAAGCUUUAGGUAUUUAACAUAACCAAAUCUCUCUCCAUCCUAAAGAGAGCAACUCACAGAGGCUAAGUAACCAACACACAGCCACACAUCCAAAAAUGGCGGGGGUUGCAGCAGCUUCUACUUCCAUGGCCGCCACUGCUGCCGUCUUUACUAGUCAUUUCCCACUUAAGGCCAACCCAUUUUGCUGCUCUGCCUUACCUUAUCUACCACCCCGUGUUUCUACUCCAGCAUUUUCCACUUCCUUCAACUUUACAGAAUCCAGAAGGUCUUCAUUACUCCAGGUUAAAGCGUCUUCAUCUGAAGAAACUUCUGUUGAUACUAGUGAAUUCCUAACCGAGCUAAAAGAAAAGUGGGAUGCUGUUGAAGACAAGACGACAGUGCUACUUUACGGUGGUGGGGCAAUUGUGGCAAUCUGGCUAUCUUCAAUUCUUGUUGGUGCCGUCAACUCAGUUCCUCUGCUACCGAAAGUCUUGGAGUUGGUAGGACUUGGAUAUACUGGAUGGUUUGUCUACCGCUACCUUCUCUUCAAGCUUUGAAUUUGUUGUUCGUUGCUGACAGUCAAGUAGAAAAGAAUUGGCCGAAGACAUUGAGGAAUUGAAGAAGAAGGUUGCAGGAUCUGAAUAAAUGCAUGUAAAUUUGAUGUCAAAUUCACAGUGAACGAAUCCUAGCACCAGUGCGAAUGGGCUGUCAGUUUCUUGUACAAGCGGCAUAUGCUCAUGGGAAGUAAGAGUAGGUUUUGAUGUAUUUUUCUUCAUCUUAGUACAUCUUCAAAUAUUCUGUGUUUCAGUUUCAUUUGAUAGUGUUAUGAAUGAUAGUCUAUUUCUGCAGCUUGUUACACCA